UCCCGAAAAAAAAUAAAACAUAAAAAAAUAUAACUCGAGGAAGAUUGAUAUGAUGGCUGACGACUGACUCAAGGAGGACUGAUGCCUGAUGUCCGACGACUGACUGCAGGAGGCUGAUUUCUGACACGGGAAGGACUGAUUGUCUGAGGAUGUCCUAAAAUGGACACCGUAUCACUAUUACGAACUAAUUUUGAUCUCGUAAUACCCGUUAUUUGUUUUCUGGUCAUAUUAAUUGUUAGUGGUUGUUGCUUUUUUAUAUAUAUCUUAAUAAAAUAUAAUUUUAAAUAAAUAAAUAAAAACAGUGCCCCUAAUAUCUAAACAACUAUAUUUAUAAAUUAAAUACAAUGAGUAAAAAGUAUCGGGGUAAGUUGAUGGUUGGCCAACCUGUCUUGAAACGAGUUUUGUUUCUCUUUUGCUGGCUUCAUUCAUCGAACAGGGUGUUUGCGACCAAGGUGUUUAGUCUGUGUAUGUUUACUGGUUUAUAAAGUGAGCAGGUAACUUCAAAUCUGGAAAUGGAAACGUCUCAUGUGAAUUUUUCAACUUCGAGCGGCUGUGAUCAGCGAGUGCAAAAACUACAACAGCAAAUUGCAGUAAUGAGAAAAGAAAUCAAGAACCUAAGGCAACAUGCAGAUUCUGCAGUUCGUGAGCAAAGGAAAAGUUUAGCUGCCCUCCAAUCUGUUGUGGCAAGCAUGAAAGAGGAUGGACGUCUGAAGGAUGCAAAGACAGACUCGUUGCGGACUGAUUGUACAGUGACAAAUCAAGCUUUAGAAAAAGGAGUUAUUCAGACAACGCCAAUCGGUUAUAUAGAGUCCUGCUUCUCUUCUAAAAAUGGGACCCCAAGGCAACCCACAAUUUGCAGUCUGUCCCGUGCAAUACUGAAGAUAAACAAGUCAAUUUUUAACAAUCCAGAGCAUUCAUUAAUGGGCUUAGACCAGUAUUCACAUGUGUGGAUUAUAUUUGUCUUCCAUAAAAAUGGACAUCUGAGCUAUAAGGCGAAGGUGAAACCACCAAGACUCAAUGGAGUAAAAACUGGGGUCUUCUCUACCAGAACUCCCCAUCGUCCCAAUGCAAUUGGACUUACUCUUGCAAAAUUGGAAAUAAUUAAAGGAGACACGGUUUAUCUGUCUGGAAUUGAUAUGAUACAAGGAACUCCAGUCCUGGAUAUUAAACCCUACAUUCCUGACUAUGAUUCACCAAAAGGCAGAAGAAAUCCGCUUGAUACAGUGGAAAGUGCAAACCAGGACCAAGCUGAACCAAUGGCAGUGGUUAAUGAUAGUGAGAAAAAAAAUACAAUGAAGAGAGAUGUCCUUAGUGGUAAUUUGGCAAUUCCAAAAAUUACUGUUGGCCAUACAGAGGAAGAGAAGUUUUUGACUAACACCAACUUUGAAUCUCAGAUCACAGUUUUAUCGGAUAAAAAUGCAUCAUGUGACUCAGAAGUGGAUGCUAUUUAUCAGACCAAAAAUGAACAAAAAAUGCUUUCUGCUUUAGCAGAAGUUAAAAGCUAUGUAAAUCAGAGUGAUGCUUUCAGCGAGGCUACUGUGGAAAACGCAGCCAUCCAAUCAUACUGCGCUACUGCAGAUCCUUGCAAGGAUGAGCCUAAUAAAUUUAAUGAACACGUUGUGUAUGAUGAAGCUUCCAAAACUACCAUCGCAUCCUGGAUAAGAUCAUCUCCAGUGACCAGUCUGGAAGUCCGGUUCACUCCACAUGCCGAGAGGGAUUUGAAUGCCUUUGAACCCCUGUAUCAAGCAGAAUUAGGAAAGCCGAAUUUCCGGUACCUCAAGUCUGCAGAUGAAGCCAAGGCUGCUAUCAAAGGUGUGCUGUCAGCCGACCCCCGCUCGGUGUACCGCAGGACCCGUUGUCAGGACCAGCUCUUCUACUUCACUCUGGAUACAGCCCACAUUACCUGCUGGUUUGGGGAAGGGUUUGCUGAGGUCCUCAGAAUAAAAGCAGCGACAACUGAGUGCUCUGGUAGCUGUGCAUAACAUGCAGUAUACACAGAAACUCUCAGAAAGACAUGUGUGAUGGUCAUAGAUAUUUUACUGUGAGGAGUAGCUGUUUGUUACCUUUACAAAAUAACUUUUGAUUUAAAAAAAAAUGGCUUGACUUAGGCUUUGGCAGAUAUAACUUACUAUUUGGCAAUACACACAGACAAAAAUGUGGAUUUUUUGCACAUUUUAAAUUAAAAAGCAAAAUCUUAAGUUGUUUGAAGCAAUUCUAACUAAUGUUUUAAAUAAUAAUAAUAAUAAAAAACUGCAUACCUGACUACACUUUCCUUUUAGCUAUUAGUUUGGGGUUUUGAAAGUAAUAAUUAAUAUGUAGUUAUUGGCAGGGUGUAUGGAAAAUACAUUGUUCCUUGCAUACACAGUCAGCACUCGCAUAUCCGACAUACAAAAAUUUUGACUUCAGUGACGGUUGAAAGAGUGUGACUCAUAUCUGAUUAUUUCAUUUUGGCCCAUUCCAACCAUUGUACCUUUUUUGCGUUACCUGAAAAACGGACAAUGUCAAAAAUACAAAAGCGGGACGUUAGACGGGAUACUGCCAACAUGAAGGAAUUUCCAUACAAUGCCUACACUACACUGCUCAGCUGUAGCUGUACCGCUAUCUGGUAAAGCAGCACACUUUACCUGUUAAUUGUAGAGUCCUGGCUUAAUGAAUGCUGCAUUCGAGAACGUGAUAAACCAUAUCUUUCUUGAAUAGUGACAUUUUGGGAAAAUGGAUUAUAGAUAGUUGAUAAUAUAUGACCUUUUAUAGAAAAAAAUUAAUUUGAAGUCUACAAUCAACAUAGCUUUUUGGUUCAAUGGAUAAUACAGACACAUUUCUUCAGCUUUUCCUAUACAUUUAUUUCAGCCAGGUAAAAUAACUGUGUAAUUUCUGAGCUAUCAUUAAAUACAUUUUAAUAAAUUACAGUUCGAAACCAAAUUUUUCCUGGAACAGCAGACACUGGAUAAAAAAGAAAAAACACCUACCACGUGUAGCACAUACAGUUGUAUAAAUGGGAUGUCUCUCACACAAAUGUUUAAUUUGUUAUACAAUUAGCAUUCUUGAUAGGUAAAAUCUGCAGCUGCCUGUUGUAAGAAAGUGGGGGAAAAGCCUUUUUAUUUAUUCUUUGGUAUGUACACCAGUAAAUUAGCUUUACAAUUACAUAAACAUGUUCACUAUAACUGCUUCUGGUGUAGGCCUACAAAAAAAUCUCCCAUUGAACUCAAACAUUUACUUGUAUCUAUAAAUACACCAGGUGUUAUUUAUUAUUUAAACAUGUGGGUUUUUUUUUUUGUG